AUGCCAUACUCAUUGCAGAACCGCAAUGUGCUCGUCACCGCAGGUUCGAGAGGACUAGGUGCUCUCGUUGCACAGAAAUUUGCCGCCCAGGGCAGCAAUGUUGCGAUCAAUUACUUCUCCAGCGCGGGUGCUGCAGAGACAAUAGCCUCAGAUAUCCGGGCGCAGUAUAACGUGAAGGUGAUAACAAUCAAGGGUGAUGCGAGUCUCAAGGCCGAUUGUGAGAAUAUGGUUCAGACUACAGUUGAACAACUUGGAGGAUUGGAUGUCCUCGUUUCGAAUGCUGGCUGGACUAAGAUCACCAACUUCGGGGACUUGGAUGCUAUGGGCGAGGAGGACUGGGACAUGUGCUGGUCUGCCAAUGUGAAGGGCCAUCUGUGGCUUUUCAAAGCAGCUCUUCCCACUUUCAAGGCUAACGCGGAUGGUGGUGUCUUCUUGAUCACUUCAUCGGCCGCGGCUGUUUCAGCAACCGGGAGUAGCUUGCCAUACUCUGUCACAAAGGCAGCAGGUUUGCACUUGGUGAAAUGUCUCGCGCAGACUCAAGGGCCUAAGGUUCGCAUCAACGCAGUCCUACCAGGUCUGCUUCUCACCGACUGGGGUUUGCGAUUCCCCAAGGAACAGAUCGAGCUUUAUAAAUCUGUCACCCCUCUGGCCUCCCUGCCCGAAGUGGAAGAUACGGCCGAGGCGUAUAUCACAUUAGCCAAAAACUCAUCGAUGACAGGACAGGCUAUGCAAAUAGAUUCGGGAUUUGUGAUAAACUACUAG